AAAGAAUGGGGGGAAAAAAGAAGUUUGAACAAAUUGGGAGAUUAGGGGCCAGUUAUCAAAGUGGAUUUAUUGUGCCUCGUUCAAGCGGAGGAUGAAAAUACCCUGUGGGCAUGCAGAAAGGGUCAUGGGACUCCCAAAAGGAUUACCUUGAACUGGAGUCAUGAGACUUGGGCGAACAAAGACCCUGCUCACAUGCUCAUCAUAUUAACCGGUCCUCAUAAAGUGAAGAAGUUUCAUGUGUCGUGGGAUUCGACUGGGAGCGCUUGACUGGGAGAGGAGCAGAAGUUCCUUCAGCUUUUAGAGCCUGAAGGUGCUGCAGCAGCAGAAAUGGUGACUCUGAAGCUCCAACAGAGGACUGAGUGCACACAAAGUCUGGAUUGAGAGGACAUUUGUGAAAAGAGAAUGUGUUCACAUAUUCCCCAGCAAGGAUCCAGCCAGGUGCUCCUGUGGUCAGCUGGUCACGCAGCACGUCGCCAUCCCUCCUGGAGCCAACUCCAUAUCAGAGGCCACCCCCCUGGUGCAGAUCGAGGCUCCAAGUGAUAAAUGGAGUGUGGUGAAGCACACCAGGACGUACCCAACCGACUCCUAUGGGAUCAUCGAGUUCCAGGGAGGAGGGUUCAUCAACAAGGCCAUGUACAUUCGGGUUUCGUACGACACCAAGCCUGACAACCUCCUGCAUCUGAUGGUGAAGGACUGGCAGCUGGAGCUGCCCACUCUGCUCAUCUCGGUCCACGGAGGUCUCCAGAACUUUGACCUCCAGCCCAAACUCAAGCAGGUGUUUGGCAAAGGCCUGAUCAAAGCAGCCGUCACCACAGGAGCGUGGAUCUUUACGGGCGGAGUCAACACAGGGGUGAUCCGUCACGUUGGAGACGCCUUAAAGGAUCACUCCUCCAAAUCACGAGGCAAGGUCUGCGCGAUAGGAAUCGCUCCAUGGGGGAUCUUGGAGAACAAAGAGGACCUUAUUGGAAAAGAUGUGACCAGACCCUACCAAGCGAUGGCAAACCCCCUGAGCAAGCUGGCAGUGCUCAACAGCAGCCACUCCCAUUUCAUCCUGACUGACAACGGCACCUGUGGGAAGUACGGCUCUGAGGUCAAACUCCGCCGACUCCUGGAGAAGCACAUCUCUUUGCAGAAGAUUAACACUCGUCUAGGUCAGGGGGUUCCUCUCGUGUGUCUGAUCGUGGAGGGAGGUCCAAACGUCAUCUCCAUCACCUUGGAGAGCCUGAGGGACGAGCCUCCCAUCCCGGUGGUGGUGUGCGAUGGCAGCGGACGUGCUUCUGACAUCAUUUCUUUCGCACACAAGUUCUCAGAGGACGGAGGCUUGGUAAGCGAUGACGUCAGAGACCAACUUUUAGUCACCAUUCAGAAGACGUUUAAUUAUAGUAAAAGCCAGUCUCAGCAGAUUCUGCUCAUGGUAAUGGAGUGCAUGAAAAAAAGGGAACUGGUGAGUAACGGUGAUAAUAACGUGUCUGCGUGAACCAAUAAACACUUUUGAGUUGUGAAGCA